AUGCCUAUAAAUUUAUCUCUUCACUUUGUUUCUAAUAAACUUCAAGCAUUGCUGUUUUUAACCAUUUUUUCUUUUUUCUCCUCUCUUUUCUUUUCUCCUCUCUUUUCUCCUCUCUUUUCUUUUCUCCUCUCUUUUCUCCUCUCUUUCUUUUCUCCUCUCUUUUCUUUUCUCCUCUCUUUUCUCCUUUUUCUCUUCUCUUUUCUUUUCUCCUCUCCUCUCUUUUCUUUUCUCCUCUCCUCUCUUUUCUUUUCUCCUCUCCUCUCUUUUCUUUUCUCCUCUCCUCUCUUUUCUUUUCUCCUCUCCUCUCUUUUCUUUUCUCCUCUCCUCUCUUUUCUUUUCUCCCUCUCCUCUCUUUUCUUUUCUCCUCUCCUCUCUUUUCUUUUCUCCUCUCCUCUCUUUUCUUUUCUCCUCUCCUCUCUUUUCUUUUCUCCUUUUUCUCUUUUCUCUACAUUCAAACUACCGUUAAUUUCUUUUUGCCCUUUUUCUUUCUCUUUUCUUUUUUCUUUUCUCUUUCUUUCUUUCUUUCUUUUCUUUCUCUCUUUCGUUUCUUUCUCUCUUUCGUUUCUUUCUCUUUCUUUCUCUCUUUCGUUUCUUUCUCUCUUUCGUUUCUUUCUCUCUUUCGUUUCUUUCUCUCUUUCGUUUCUUUCUCUCUUUCGUUUCUUUCUCUCUUUCGUUUCUUUCUCUCUUUCGUUUCUUUCUCUCUUUCGUUUCUUUCUCUCUCUCUUUCGUUUCUCUCUCUCUUUCGUUUCUUUCUCUCUCUCUUUCGUUUCUUUCUCUCUCUCUUUCGUUUCUUUCUCUCUCUCUUUCGUUUCUUUCUCUCUCUCUUUCGUUUCUUUCUCUCUCUCUUUCGUUUCUUUCUCUCUCUCUCUUUCUUUCUCUCUCUCUCUCUUUCUCUUUCUCUUUCUUUCUCUUUCUCUUUCUUUCUCUUUCUCUUUCUUUCUCUUUCUUUCUCUUUCUCUUUCUUUCUCUUUCUCUUUCUUUCUCUUUCUCUUUCUUUCUCUUUCUCUUUCUUUCUCUUUCUCUUUCUCUUUCUUUUCUUUCUUUUCUUUUCUUUCUUUCUUUUCUUUCUUUCUCUUUCUUUCUCUUUCUUUCUCUUUCUCUUUCUUUCUCUUUAUGCCCCCCCCCAAAAAAAACCGGAAAAUGAAGUCAUCUUUUUUUUUUCUUUCUGUUGCUCCCACUCUAGUCCUCCUAUUGCCUCUCUCUCCCAUGCCCCCCCCCGCCUCUCUCUCCAUGCCCCCCCACCCGCCUCUCUCCAUACCCCCCCGCCUCUCUCUCCCCAUACCCCCCGCCUCUCUCUCUCUCUCCCUCCCCCGCCCCCUCUCCAUCUCCCCGCCUCUCUCUCUCAUACCCCCCCUCUCUCUCUCUCCAUGCCCCCCCCCUCUCUCCAUGCCCCCUCUCUCUCUCCCAUGCCCCCCCCCCUCUCUCUCUCUCCAUGCCCCCCCACCCCCCCCUCCCUCCCUCUCCUCUCUCUCCAUGCUCCCCCCGCCUCUCUCUCUCCUCACUCCCACCUCUCCCGCUCCGCCUCUCUCUCCCUUCGCUCCAGCUCUCUCUCUCGCUCCCAGCUCCCUCUCUCUCUCUCUCGCUUUCUCCCCCUCUCUCUCUCUCGCUCCAGCUCUCUCUCUCCUCUCUCGUCUCUCUUUCCGCUCGCGUCUCUCUCUCUCUCUCUCCCCAGUCUCUCUCUCCCCAGUCUCUCUCUCCCGCUCUCCAUCCCCCCUCUCUCUCCCCCGCUCUCCACUCUCUAGUCAGUGCCCUAUUGAUUGUGCUCAAGGCCUUUUUGGCCAUCUUCUGAGAACACCACACAGAAAGCUCCCCAAAAAGAUGAGCGAAGGACAGGACUUCAAAGCUGAUGGCUAUGGAGACAUGGUUAUUGAAAAUCUUAACCAUCUUCGAACAAAUAGUGAAUUGUGUGACUUUAAAGUGUCUGCUGAAGGUAAAGUUUUUGAGGUGCAUAAGGCGUUGUUGGCGGCGACAAGUGACUACUUUCGUGUCAUGUUCCGUGGCAUGAUGGCUGAAAGCAAGCAAGACACAGUGGAUUUGAAAGGUGUCACUGCAGAUGGACUGCAACAAGUGAUCGAUUUUAUUUACACAGGCAAGAUGUCUCUUCACUAUGACAAUCUGACAGAAAUCAUCAACACUGCAAGCCACUUACAAGUGUCAUGUGCGCUCGAUUUAUGCAGCAAUUACAUCAAAUCCCUGAUGACAUUUGAUAAUGCUGAUGAUUUUUUAAACAUUGCUGAUACGUACUCACUUGAGAAGGUUUUGCUUCAUUGGGAUGAUAUGAUCUUGAGUAACUUUCAUGAGUUUAGCAACAGCCAGGCAUUUCUUAAACUGAGUGCCCCAAACCUUGUUAAGUACCUUUCGUCCAAUUUACUUUGCACGGUGUCCGAAUAUCGACUUUACCAAUGUCUGGAGAAAUGGUUGACUGCAAAUCCGUCACGCAUUGCCAACGACAGUGCAGUCCUCUUGCCACACUUUCGUUUUGCUCUGAUGUCGCUCAUUGAACUCACAUCCAUCAAAGACAGUGAAAUCUUUCAGAAGAUAAAUGGGGGCACGCAGUAUAUUGCCAAGGGCUUCCAGUACAUCAUCGACUGCAAGCAGGGGCAUCCUGUUAUUGAUGAAUCGUCCACGAUAAGGGCCAAUUCUCCAUGUCUUGUGCUCGUACACCACGGCACAGCCUACAUGCCUUUUCAAGUCACCGCUUACAACCCUAAGACCCACAAAUUCUACAGACUUUUUUCUGAUGUCAAUGGUAGCAGAGACUGCCGCAUUGCUGUAAUAGAUAAUUUUGCAUACAUCUGCAGAGUUGUAGAUUUUGGUGGCGGCACACUGAUGAGUUCACUGUUUCGAUUUGAUCCGAGGCAUCUUGUUGGGCAGGAGUUGCACCCGAUGAAGCAGUUACGUUUGGAUUUUGCUUUAGUAGCUUAUAAACACUGCCUGUAUGUAUUUGGUGGCUCCACCGAGCAAUUUGCUAUUCUUGACUCGGUUGAGUGCUACAAUGUGAAAACCAAUAUGUGGGAGGAGCUGCUGUACCUGCCAAAUCCGGUCCACUCUUUGGCAGCCACUGUCCAUGAUGGCCGGAUAUAUUUGUCUGGUGGAGUGAUUGGCCAGGAGAGGCAGGCCACAAACAGCUUCAUGUGUUAUAAUGUCAUGUCCCGCAGUCUCUCUCUCUUUUCCACCUCCUCCCUCUAA